UGUAACUUUCGUUUAGUCGCUGUACGAAAGUUAUUAGUUAUCAGUGGUGGCAAACUGAAUCUGGAGUGGACUUAUAAAACGUUAUAUCUUUACCUGAGAUUUGCGAUGACAACCGUGAUUGUUAAUGUAACAUCAGAUCUCAAAGACGUCUUACAUGGAAAAAAAUUGUUUGGUUUUAUCUGUCUUGGAUUACUGGUUAUCCUAACGGCUUGUGGAAACGUUAUAAUAUGCGUUGCAAUACUCAAGAAUCGACAUCUGCGAACAAGCUCUAAUCUAUUAAUCAUAAACAUGGCUUUUGGAGAUAUUUUAUACUCUGUUUCAACUCUCCCUUUAUCAAUGGUUUUGAUGUGUUCCCGUGGCUCAGAAUGGCCGCUUGGCAGAGCGGGAAAUGUAUUCUUUGAUGCAGUUUGGCUCUUGUUUUUUGUUUUAUCUUUCUUGAAUGUUCAGGUCAUAGCUUUGAACAGAUUUGUCGCUAUUACCAAACCGUAUGCCUAUAAAAUUGCUGCAACAAAAAAGCGGACAGUUGGGUUAUGUGUGUGUAUAUGGGUGUACGUUACAAUGCUUGUGUUUGGCCUGAGCUUUUCGUUCAAAGAGACAAAUGGAAGAGCUUAUGCAUUCUUAAUUCCAGGAAGAAUUUACUACACCAUCCUAAUAUUUCAUGCAGUUUUUACGUUUGUCUCAGUGCCUUUGUUGUAUAUCAUUAUUUUUCUCAUUGCAAAAAAACAUAAACUCGAAAUAAUCAAACAGAAAGACUCACAUGCACACGUCAAGAAGCUUUUAUCGUGAACUAAAAGCAACUUGGACAAUUGGACUUGUCAUUUGUCUAUUUCUGUUAGUCUGGUCACCAUUCCUGACAAACCAGUUUGUUGACUUUCGUGAUAUUUAUCAGGGUAUUUGGGACCAACGGAACAGUGUUAUGGUUUAUAUCACCUAUUGCAACGGACCUGUUAAUAUUUUUGUAUAUUCAAUUUGGAAUCGUGAAAUAAGGCACGUAAUUUUGAGAUUAUUUGGCCGUGCGAGGAAUGGGGUUGUGUCGUCUUCGUCGAGUAGGAUUCAGCUCGGUCCAGUUGUAACGCGAUAAUUUCAGUCCGUGCAGCGGAUUACAUUCGCUGGGCAUAUGUAAUCGUUACUGGGGACGAGUCAAACGCUAAAUAAAGCUUGGUCACUCUGGUGCAAAAAUAACGGCAAUCACAUAUUACCAAUGCCAAUGCAUAUCACGGACCUCACGGUGCCUGAUUGACCAUAUCACAGAAUAGAGUAUAUAGACAUUAUACUGUAUAAUGUUUAU